AUGAGUUGGGAAGAACGAGAGGGCUUGUACAAAGCAGACGGUGCACAAGUCAACAGAUGGGAAGGCACCCUGCAAGCAGCUGGCCACCAAGUCGGCCGCAAGAGUGGGCCUGCCACGGGUGGCAUGAAGAAGCUGUACCGCAUUGCUAACCAGGCCAACACCAUGGUCCUACACGAGGUCUGCUGCUACCAGAAGUCCACUGGCUGGAAACUUGGCCCCGAGUUUGUUGGAGUCUGGCCAGAGGCACGGCAGCAGUUUUGGGUUAUCAGGAAGCCUGAAGGCACCAUCAGGCUGCUGAUGCACUCAGCCUGCAGUGUCGAUACUAAGAACAAUAAUUCGCUUCAUCAGCAAUUGAAGUGGUUGAUAAGUGAACUCUGCAGAUUAUAUAAUCUUCCUAAGCACCUGGAUGUUGAGAUGCUAGAUCAACCACUGCCUGCGGGUCAGAUUAGGACAACAGAUGAAGUGACUUCAGAAGAGGAGGAAGAGGAAGACAUGGCUGAAGAUUUAGUAGACUUGGAUCACUAUGAGAUGAAGGAAGAAGAACCUUUUAGUGGAAAAAAGUCAGAGGAUGAAGGAAUUGAAAAAGAAAACUUGGCAAUAUGAGAGAAAAUUAGGAAGACUCAAAGGCAGGACCAUCUAAAUGGUGCAGUGUCUGGGUCUGUGCAAACUUCAGAUAGACUUAUGAAAGAGCUCAGGGACAUAUACAGAUCACAGAGUUACAAAACAGGGAUUUAUUCAGUGCAGCUCAUAAAUGACAGUUUAUAUGACUGGCAUGUUAAACUGCAGAAGGUUGAUCCCGAUAGUCCUUUGCACAGUGAUCUUCAGAUCUUAAAAGAAAAAGAAGGCAUAGAAUAUAUUUUGCUUAAUUUCUCUUUUAAGGAUAAUUUUCCAUUUGAUCCUCCAUUUGUUCGAGUGGUGUUGCCUGUUCUCUCUGGAGGGUAUGUAUUGGGUGGUGGAGCAUUGUGUAUGGAACUUCUCACGAAACAGGGCUGGAGCAAUGCCUACUCAAUAGAAUCGAUCAUCAUGCAAAUCAAUGCCACCUUAGUUAAAGGCAAAGCCAGAGUGCAGUUUGGUGCAAACAAGAAUCAGUAUAAUCUAGCAAGAGCUCAGCAAUCUUAUAAUUCCAUUGUACAGAUUCACGAGAAAAAUGGUUGGUACACUCCUCCAAAGGAAGAUGGCUAAGUGCAUUGAGUUUCCUGUUUGGACCAAUGUUGCUUUAAAGAAAACCUUUCCAUCCUGCAGACUCAAGCUUUGAGUGCCCCUGUAACAGCAGUACCUGAAGAUGUUAGCUAAUAGAUAUUUUAGUGGAUAAUCUGUCAACUGACAUAAAGAAUAAGUUAAAACCUUUUAAUCUUGUUCAC